AUGGCCACCGCGUCGUCCUCCGUGUCGCGCGCGUGGGACUCGAUCCUCGGCUCCGACUCCCUCGACUCCCCGCCCGCCGCCUCCCCCUCCGACUCCCGCUCCCCCUCCGCCAGCGCCCCCUCCGCCGCCUCCGACGCCGCGUCGCUGCUGGAGCGCCUGUGCCCGUGGACUAGCGUGGAGUUCGGCUAUCCUGGGUCUCUUAACUACCGCUCGUUGCUGCUGGACUUUCACGGGCAGUUGGUGUCGCCGUGGCAUCACGUGCCGCUGCACGCUAAGAACGGCGCGCUGCACUUCGUGUGCAAGACGCCGCAGGAUUGCUGGGUCAAGUACGAGGCGGCUCCCGACGAGGAUUACACGCCCAUCCGCGUUCACCGCGCUCCCGCUCCCGCCGCCGCCGCUGCUUCCGCGAGCGGUGUUUCGUCUCCGUCGCCGUCGCCGUCACAUCUGCAGCCGCCUUCGCACGUGCAACAGGGCCCGCCGAGCCGCGACGGCGAGGAGUCGAGGCGAGAGGACCUCGGUCUGCCGCGGCAGGAGGGCGUCUUGAAGGAACGCGCCGCGGUGGACUGGACGCGGCUCCGGCCGCAGCACUACGCGGAGAACUCGAUGUUCAACGUGGGGUUCCUUCCACAGACGUACGCGGACCCCGAGCAGCCCGCGGGAGCGGACGCCGCCGGCGGAAUUUUCGGCGGCGGUGGCGGCGGAGGUAGUGGCGGCGUGUGGGAGGGUUUGGUGAACGACGGGCGACCGAUUGAGGCGAUCGAGAUCGGCGGGAAGCGCAUGCGCACGGGGGAGGUCUGCUCCGUGCGCCCGCUCGCGGUGUUCGCGGUCGCGGGGCCGGCGCGCGCAGAGAUGAGCGCGGAGGGGGGAGCGGGUGGGGGAGGAAGCGUGGUAGGCCGAGGGGCAGGUGAGGGGGAAACUGAACGCGACAGCGGAGCGGAGGGACGCGCGGAGGGGCGGCGGACGCUGUCGUGGGUGGUGGUGGUCGUUUCCACGGAGGACGCUUUAGCGAGUGUGAUACAAGAGGGGGCGACGGGGAUACCAUCCGUGCUGUUACCCGUGCUGGAGCAGAUAGUGGAGUGGGUGCGCUUCGCGCCUUGCGUGAAUCACGACGACGACGAGGCGGAGUUUCCGCUGGGCGAGGAGCCGGGCGGAAUGCAAGCGGCCAUGGUGGUGGUGGCGCAGGCGCACUGCGCAUGGCAGCUGCUGGCGGACGACUGCCCGCCGCCGCCCCCCUGGGUCCCCGCGGACCGCGUCCUUUCCGCCUCCGCACUGCACCAGAUCUGGCAGUCGCGCGGGUACCUCCCCCCCGUUCCGCCGCGCGUUGCGUCCUCCGCCUCCGCCGCCAGAGCCGCAUCCCCCGCGCCGUUCCCCACGUCCUCCUCCGCCCCUCUGGGCCCGGGCCCGCCGCCCUCCCCUUACACCUCCGCCUCCGCCUCCGCCAGCGCAUCCCGCCCCACGCCUCUCCCCCCCAACCUGUCCAUGCCGUCACUGCAUCUCACCGCUUCCUCCUCCUGCUCUUCCCCCUCCGCUUCCCCCCUCCAUACAUCCAAUCCUCCCGCGGACUCCGCCUACGCGCUCCCCCCAGUCUCCCCCUCCUUCCCCUCCCCGCCGCCGUUCUCCGCGUCGUCUCCGUCCGCGUCGCCCCCGCCCGCGCUGCCGCCGUUCGGCGCGAUCCCCAUGUCGGACCAGCGCGUGGGUUCGUCUGCGCGGCGGAACGAGGCGCACGCCGCGGGGGGCAUGGGCGCGGGGGAGCUGGGCGCGCCCAUGGACGGCGGAGGCGGAGCAGCCAUUGGGGGGAGCUUCAGGGGAAGUGGGAGGGAGCGGAAGGCGCACAAGGGGGGGGGUGGGAGCAGCAGCAGCAGCAGCGGGAGCAGCUUCAGCAGAGGCGGGCUUGGGAGCAUGAGUGCGAGGAGCAGCAGUAGCAACAGGCACGGGGGGGGCGGAGGGGCGGGGAGCAGCAGCGGCAGGAAGGCGUACUGGGCAGGGGACUUGCUCAAGGGCAGCAUUCCCGUGAGAGCAGGCUUUGGCAGUGCAAGGAGGGCGCCGUCGGGUUAUGGUCCCCGAGGGGAGGCAGGUUCGGGCGAGGGAGGAGGAGCAGCAGCAGGAGGAGGAGGAGAAGGAGAAGGUGUUUCGUCGGUUCAUCUCCUCUCGGCAUCUCACCGCGGUGGUGCCUUUUCCAGUCCUGAACGGUCCGGAUUUUCUGCAGUGGCAGCGGCUGAUUGGGCUGCUAGAAGCAGUGCUGUCCCUCACAAUUCCUCCUUCUCUGCUGCUGCUGCUGCUUCUGCUUCUGCUGAAGAUACUGGUAUUGCUGGAGGGCCCAAUGUUGGGCCGGUGGAAAGUUCCAGGUCAUCGUCUGUGGCUGUAGCAGCUGCAGCAGCAGCAGGAGCAGGAGCAGCAGCUGCAGCAGCCACAGCUCGAUCUGGCUCUGCCCCUCCUUCCCGCCUGGAGACGUUCUUCAGCCUCCGAGGCUCCUCGUUACAGUCUCAGUCACAGCUGCAGCAGCAGCAGCAGAGCGCGCUGCUGCUGCCACGUGGCGCUCCCUCGUUGGAGAGGCUGUUCGGUCACCGCAAGGGUAAGGGCAGCAGCCACAGCGGCAGAGGGGAACUGGGAGGAGGAGCAACAGAGGCCUAUGCAGACAAUUAUGAAGCUUCAGCAGCAGCAGCAGCAGCAGGCGGGGAGCUGUUUGGGCGCGGACUGUCUCUGAGCAGGGCAGAGAGGGAAGUGAGAGUGGAGCGAGAGGAGCGAGAGGAGACGGGGGAAGACGGUGCUGGGGUGUUCAACCGCCAGUUGAGCCUGGACCAGCUGUACCUGCGGAGGAAGAAGAGAGCAGAGAGGAGGCUCAGGGGCGCAAAUAGCAGCGCCUCAGAUGCGCCUCCCCUCUCGCCUCCUGCUAGCUCGGCUCUGGGGUGGGUUCUUGGGGGAGGGAAGUUCAGCAGCAGUGGUGGUAGCAGUAGUGGUUAUGAGGGUGGGAGGAGGCGAGGCGAAGAGAGUGUGGGGGGCGCGCAGCAUGGUAAUAGCAGCGAUGAUGCGACACUCGUUGCGUUCCGUCUUUCCCCGUCCCUUGUGUCCUCGCACCCUGGUGGUGCGACGGCCAGUGAAUCCAUGGCCUGUUCAGAGGGGUCAGCGGCGCAUGAGACGGCACCAGCCAUGGGUGGUUUAGCUCGUAGCAUCGGCAGUGGCAGCGGCGGCGGCGGCGGUGGCAGCAGCACAGGGCUUCAGGGCAGGUGGUGUGAUUUGAUAGAAGAGUAUGGGGGGUCUGGUGCUAGAAGCAGUGCGAGUCCGACUGAGCCUGCCCGGCCGCCCCUCCCCCGCCCACUCCCUCCAAGAGCCCCUUCGCUCACCAAGCAGGGGCUGGGGGGAAGGCCAGGGGAGAAGGGGGGUGAGGGGGCGGAGAGAGAGGAUAGAGGGGCGGAUGGAGAAGAGGCAGUGGUAGAGGGUGCGGACGAGGGGCAAGAAGAUGGUGGAGACCUGGGGUUGGAUUGCAGUGCAAGCAACGGCAAUGGAGCUGGCAGCAGCAGCAGCUGUGUUGUCAGUUGGGAGGAGCAUGAACGCCAGGCGGAGGAGAGUGGCGUUGCCCCAUCUGCUGCUUCUCCAUCUGCUGCUGCCUCAACCGCUGUAUGUGCUUCCAGUGCAGAAGCAUCGGAGGCAGCAGCAGCAGCAGCAAUGGCGGCAGCAGCAGGGAUGAGGAGUCCGAGCAGGGUGGGGAAGCGGCAGGUGUCGUUCCACUCGGUGGUCAAGGUGAUUGAGUUUGUGCAGGCACGGGAGGGAGAGGACAGCAGCAGUGGCAGCGAGUGA